AUGGGUGAAACCGGGUUGCAAUCAAGGUCGUCGCUCGGGCCAUGGCCGAGGCCGUCACUCUGGACACGGGUGCAGCCGGCUAGAGUCAGGGCCGUCAUUCCGACCAUGGAUGAGGACGUCACUCUGGACAUGGGUGAAACCGAGUUGCAAUCAAGGCCAUCGCUCGGGCCAUGGCCAGGGCCAUCAUUCUGGGCACAACUAUGGCUGGGUGAAGCCAAGACCGUCACUCUAGCCAUGGGUGCAACCAAGGUGCUAGGCCAAACGAACAUGGCCAAGUUGAAAUCAUCACACUAG